AUGCAUGCAGUUUGUGCAUAUCGGGAGGGCAGGGAGGCCAAACACUGGCGUUUGGAAGAUAAAUGUUCUGGACCCACAGGGCCCCGUUCUUCAUACGCAGGCUUUUUUGUGAUGACAUCGCUCAUAUUUGUGCACUUCCUUCUCCUGGGGUUAAGAGUCAUUGACACCACUGCAGACACAUGGAGACGCUGCACAGAUUUGCUCCCUCUGGAUCUUUUGUCUUUUGUCCUCGAGAGAGACACCUCCAAACUCGCACCAGGGGUGCACAUGAAGCAGGCCGGAGGGGUGAGGGGUGUGCAUUUCUCAAACCCUCAUACCUCCAUGAGCUUUCCCUCCUCUCAGCUGCUGGUCAACUGCGACCUCUUCCCCGAACUAUUCUCCAUUGUUGUGACACUAAAGGUCACUAGCAGUGCGCUCAAGAGAAAUGAAUACAUCUUUUCCUUGAUGGAGCCAAAGAAAGUAGAGAAUAAAGGAGUGGGGGAGGAGGAAGAGGAGAACAAUAAAGGGGACAUUUUGGAAAGGAAUAAAGAGAGGGGUGUCAGUGGAGAGAGGCAAGUCAAGAGUAAUGUGCAGCGUGGACGGGUCAUCCUGGGACUGAGGUUCUCGAGAAAACGUCUGCACUUCCUUCUUAGAGGUCACGGAGGGGUCCUGGAUCACUGGGUGUUUCGAGGAGCACGACUAGCUGACAACCAGUGGCACACUCUGGUGUUGAGCAUUGGUAGUCAUCAUAUCAGGCUCAUCGUGGACUGCGGCUCACCUCUGGAAAUUGUUCCCUCCAGGCCUUUACCCUCAGACCUCAACAUUAAGGGAUCGAGAUUCCACAUAGGCAGUCGGGGGAGAUGGAAAGGCUUGUAUUCCGGUCUGUUGCGACAGCUGGUUUUGGUGCCAGGUUUGGACGCCACCCAUCACAUCUGCCCCUCUUCAGACCCCCAACUAGCAGUUCUGUCAGUACCACCACUUCUCUUAGACCUGCCUGUCACAGGGAGGGAGGCUGACGGCCAUGUGUCUUCCUAUGUAACGGAGGAGCGAGUGUCGGUGGGGUUGGAGCGUACGUGCUCAGAGCUGCUACAAGGCCAGAUGUGGUUCAAUCCGCUCAGCAAAGGCCUCUACCUCUGUGACGGUACAAUGUGGAUCACCGUGCUAGAAGAUCACAAACGACUGGACUAUGUGUCAGAACACCAGGUCCUCUCCACCAGCUCAGAGACACAUGAUGUAGAGGUGUUCCAGGUACAGGGCCUGGGUAUGAUGGCUGCUAUGGCCCAUAGGUCAGCCUCUGGCUCUGCUUUGUAUCUGUGGAGCGACGCAGGUUUCCAGCUUUAUCAGAAUAUCAGCACAUAUGAAGCGCUGGCAUGGAGACACUUCAGCAUGGGCAAGAAGCUAUAUCUGGUGGUGUCUAACUCUGGAGAAGGACCAGACAAGCGUAAAGAAUCAGAAACUGACUUUUCUGUGAUUUACAAGUGGAGCAAAAAAAGGAAACAAUUUGUGCGGUUCCAGACUCUGCGGACUCACUGUGCACGGGACUGGGAGGCCUUUAAAAUCAAUCGACAAACCUAUCUCGCUGUGGCCAAUCACAGACAAGGUGAUAAUAAUCACACUAUAGACAGUGUGAUAUACAAGUGGAACAGGUUAACAAAAGCUUUUGAGGUUUACCAGAUGCUGCCGACCUCGGGGGCCUACGACUGGGAGUUCUUCACAGUCGGACCGUACCAUUUCCUGGUGGUCGCAAAUGCCUUUGAUGGAGUGACGACUUCUGUAGACUCUGUCAUCUAUGUUUGGGUCAAUGGAAGCUUCCAGGUGUUUCAAACAAUUAAGACGUUCUGCGCCACAGACUGGGAAAUGUUUCAGAUCGGCAGUAGAGUCUUCUUAGUUGUUGCCAAUGGACACAGACUCCACGGUAAUGGACCGAGUCAAUAUGCCAUCAACUCCACCAUCUACGAACUGGACAUGAAUGGACAGCUGUUUGUCCGCUUCCAGGAUAUUGUCACCUACAGUGCAGUGGACUGGGAGUUCUUCAGCCUCGGGGAGGAAUAUUUUCUGGUUGUCGCUAACUCCUUUAACGGAGAAUCCUACUCUCUCAACAGCGUUCUCUACAGGUGGCAGGGAUAUGAAGGAUUUGUUCCUGUUCAUUGGCUCCCAACGAUUGGAUGCAGUGACUGGGAGUUUUUUAGUUCUAAAGGAGAAUCAUAUCUGAUCUAUUCUAGUGCCAAAGCACCUCUCUCCAAAGUGUUCAAGCUGAAAAUCUACUAG